AUGGCGGAACCAAACGACAACCGGUCUGUCGCUGAGACAUUGCCAGAUGCACCGGCAUCAGGACCUGGGCCCGCAAAACAAGUGGUCCGGUCUUUCAAGAAGAAAUAUGCCAAGCUCAAAGUCAAGUUUGAGUAUGGGACACGGGAAAAUGAGAAUUUGAUCCGCGAGGAAUUGCGCAUUGAGGACCUGUCUAAGCGCAUUCGAGAACAAAAUGAUCAAUUACUUGAGGUUCUGCUCGAGUUCAAUGAAAGCAUACAUGUCUCGCCAGACCUGCGGUUCGACCUUAGCCUGCCAACCGACCCUCCUCCCUUGCUACUCACCCCCGAGCAGGAAAUUGCACCUCUAAUCAAUGAUGCGACACUGGCGAAACAAGCUUGGAAAGAAGCUAAAGCUGCCUUGGCUGCAGGCAGCAUCGAUGCAAGUGCCUAUCGCACGAUUGAAGACAAUAUCAAACGGAACAAGGCGUUUGCACCGGCCCAGCAGUAUAGCUCUUUGUCUCAAAACUAUCACAUCAGCCCAGAUGCCGUUGAAAAGAAGCCUGAUAAUGACUGUGAACGCCAACUUGGAUACUUCACACCAGAGCAUGAAACUGAAUAUUACCUUGCCCUGGACGCCAAGCUGGGUGAUGAGGCAGCUGCCGUGCAGCUCGCACGCAUUCCAGAUCGCCCCACGCUGGCAGAGCGCGAGCGUGAGCUUACUAUCCGAAAUCCCGCAUCGGUGUACAACUGGCUACGUCGCAACCAACCCCAGACUCUUCAGGAUAACGAGAUUGCCUCUGAGAAGUCUGCUUCUCGCCCUUCCAACCAGCGAUCUUCCAAGCGAGCGCCGGCCCAGCGCAAAGAUGAGGACCUGUUCGACGAAGAUGGAACGGAGACCCAUCCUACCCCCAAGAACAAACGCAAGCGUGAAGAAGACACUGGGUAUCGCCCCAAGGGCGGCAGCAGUCGUUCAAAAAAGAAGAAGGAAGAGCCCAAUCCCAAUGCAAGCAAAGGGGCCAAAAAGCCUUGA